UCCGAAUGGCGAUGGUUGAGCGGGGCCAUCCAAAACAGCUAGACCUGGUCCACCGCUCCCCACUUCCGGAGAAGACUUCUAAAAAAGAAAGAAAACCUGAAAGCGCGUCACCGUCCGUUUGCAAUUCCAUUCAUUUGCUCCCGUAUCAACCAUAUCGAAUCCAAUCCAAUCGAAUCGCCGGAGGCGGAAGCGCGCAUCGAACUCGGUCGGCAAUGGCGAGCCUCACCUUGCCGCCGGCGCCCCCUAACCCCCGCCAGGACGCCAUCGACCUCCACAAGGCCUUCAAAGGGUUUGGCUGUGAUACUACAACAGUUUCAAAUAUACUUGCUCACCGUGACUCAAUGCAACGUGGAUACAUUCAACAGGAAUACAAAACUAUGUAUUCUGAGGAACUUUCACGUCGUAUAUCGUCUGAACUCAGUGGAAACCACAAGAAAGCACUGUCGCUCUGGAUUCUUGAUCCUGCUGGACGUGAUGCGACUGUUCUGAAAGAAGCUCUAAGUGCUGAAAGUCUUGAUCUGAAAGCAGCUACUGAUAUAAUUUGUUCCAGGACACCAUCACAGCUGCAAAUAAUGAAACAGACAUAUUAUGCAAAGUUUGGUACUUAUCUUGAGCAUGACAUUAGUCAGCAAACAUCCGGCGAUCAUCAGAAGAUCUUACUAGCCUAUGUUGGCAUUCCACGCUACGAAGGCCCGGAGGUUGAUCCCACUAUAGUGACACAUGAUGCGAAGGACCUCUACAAAGCUGGUGAGAAAAAGCUGGGCACAGAUGAGAAAACCUUCAUCCGCAUCUUCACUGAACGCAGCUGGGCACACAUGGCAGCUGUUGCUUCUGCUUACCAUCACAUGUAUGAUCGGUCGUUACAGAAGGUUGUGAAGAAUGAAACAUCUGGAAACUUUGAAGUUGCUCUGUUAACUAUCCUCAGAUGUGCUGAGAAUCCAGCGAAGUAUUUUGCUAAGGUGUUGAGGAAGUCCAUGAAAGGUCUAGGUACUGAUGACAAGACACUUGUAAGGGUUGUGGUGACAAGGACUGAGAUUGAUAUGCAGUAUAUCAAGGCAGAAUAUUACAAGAAAUACAAAAAGCCGUUAGCUGAUGCUAUCCAUUCCGAAACAUCAGGCGGUUAUCGGACGUUCCUGCUUUCUCUUGUUGGUAGCCAUUAGGCUAUGUUUCCUCGACCGUACACGCUGCUCUGUUGCAUUACUUUACCCUAAAGGCCUAAGCACAGUGACUCUACCUGGCCAAAAUGUAUGACGUCGUCAUCACUGUGUUCUGGAGCUUCCCUGACAACUAUUUCUGCUUUCUCUUGGUUUAUGCUUGCCUAAAAUGUGUGUAUAUAUUAUUUGGAUCUGGGGACUCUAGUGCAGUGGCUGCCGCUGGUUCCAUCUUUCAUGGCAUGUGUUAUCAGUGCAGUUGGUUUGAUGAUUGUAUUUGGCUUUACUGCUUUCACUGAAGUUCACUGUUAUUUAACUUUAUUGAGAAAAAGGAGUGGCGUACAUCCAGGUUUUUUCUUUUC